AUGUCGAUAACAACCCCCCUCACCCAGCUGCUGGGUAUCAAGCACCCCAUCCUCCUGGCUGGUAUGGGUUCGACGUCGGGCGCUCCUCUUGCGGCCGCGGUGACCAAUGCCGGCGGCCUCGGUGUGAUCGGUGGAGUCGGAUACACGCCCAAGAUGCUCAAGGAGAUGAUAGAGGAGUUGAAAGCCGCUCUCAAGGACCCUUCAGCCCCCUUUGGCGUCGAUCUCUUGCUCCCACAAGUCGGCGGCAAUGCGCGAAAGACCAACUCGGACUACACAAAAGGUGCCCUCGACGAACUCAUCGACAUCAUCAUCGCCGGUGGCGCCAAACUCUUCGUCUCGGCCGUGGGAGUCGCCCCCAAACACGUCGUUGACAAGCUGCACAAACACGGCGUGCUUUAUAUGAACAUGGUUGGACACCCGAAGCAUGUCCACAAGGCGUGCCAGGCUGGUGCCGACAUCAUCUGCGCCCAGGGAGGAGAAGCUGGAGGCCACACUGGCGAAACGGCCACGACUAUCUUGAUUCCCGCCUGCGCCGAUAUUGUCAAGAACUAUACCUCCCCACUGACAGGCAAGCCCGUCGAGCUCGUCGCCGCCGGCGGCAUCUUCGACGGUCGCGGCAUUGCGGCAGCCUUGUCGCUGGGCGCCUCGGCCGUCUGGGUCGGCACACGAUUCGUCACGGCCAAAGAAUCCGGCGCCGCUGAGGCCGCCAAGAGAGCCAUCCUCGCUGCGGGCUUUGACGACACCAUCAAGUCGACAAUCUGGACCGGCCGUCCCCUCCGCGCCAUUGCCAGCCCUUAUGUCCGGAACUGGGAGACGAAGCGACGGGACGAGAUCGAGGAGCUGCAAAGUAAAGGCAUCCUUGUCCUAAACCACGAGUUGGAGAAGCUGGAGAAGACCGGAGGCCUCACCGAGGAGAUUGAGGAUCAAUCGGUGUGCAUGCCUGCCGGCCAGGUAUCUGGUCUCGUCAACACGCCAAAUCAGACUGCAGCAGAGAUUGUGGAGGAGAUGAUGGAUGGCGCUAUCAAGGUGCUGAACCGUGUUGGGGGGUAUUUGAGGCCGAGUGCCAGACUGUGA